AUGGAGGUUCCCGACCCUCACCUCCAAAAGCAGCAAGAUCGGGAGCAGCAGGGAGUGGAAGUGCAAGAAAAGCAACGAAGAGAGCAGCAGCGGCCGCUGCUCCAGCAGCAACAACCUCCACCUACACUGAGGCCAGCUGAAAGAGGUGCUGGUGAACCCACGGCGACGAAGCAACACGAGCAACAGAAGUUGCAACAUCAAGGGCAACAACGGCACGAGCCCCAGCAACAGAAGCCGCAACUGCACGACGAGCAGAAAGAAGAGAAAGGACACCAGCAAGAACACCUGCAGCAGCCGCAGCAGCAGUCUGUGCAAGGAGAGGGCAUUGCAUCGCCAUGCGCUUCUAAAACGGAGAGCGAAACAGCCCGUCAGCAGAAACAGCAGCGGUGGCAGGAAGCAAAGCAACUGGAACAGCAGCAACAAGAAUGGCAGAGUCAUCAAGAUCUUCAACAGAAUGGUCCAGCUGCGCUCCAGCAGCAUGCUGCUGCCGGCGCGGAGAAGCAGGAGCAACUUGCCGGCGCCCCAGAUUCUGAAGCCGCCGCAGCCUCACCGAGUGCGAGAGUAAGAAUUGGUGAGCCCGCGGCGGCAGCAGGCCCAGACGGUGCAGCAAGAGCCAGUGCAGAAGACACAGGUGCAGAGCUGACGCCAAGAGCAUCAGCUGGCCUAGGGCAUUCCGUAGUACUGCCACGGGAUCCGUCUCCAGAAGCACCGGCACCGACAGUGGGGGGAGGCGCAGAAUCUUCGUGGCGACAUGGUUCGGAUAGACGGGCAACAUCGGCGCAGCUCACAGCUGGUGCAGACACAGAAACGGCAUCUACACUCUCUGCUGCUGCAGCGCCACAAAAGUUUUUGCGUUCCACACAACUUUCGGAUACGCUGUGGAGACCACAGCCUUCGCCUCCCAAAGAGGUUGACGAGCAGCGAGUGCAGCAUUCCAAGCAGCAGCACCAGCAGCAGGAGCAAACUUCGCACCCGCAGCAGCUGCACGAACAGCGAGCAGUUCACCGUGGUGUUUAUUCCCCCGGUAGCGUCAGGGCAAGCAGCAGCGGCAGUGCCUCAACAGCAAUAGCCGCAGCAUCCCCAACAGCAGGCAGGACUAGCGAGCACGCUCAUCUAAACUCUGCCUUUGUGCGCACCUCUACUGAGAGACGUAACCAGCAGCAGCAACAGCAGCAACAGCAGCACCGACAGGCGGCGCCGCAGAGAGCCAAUCUUUCCCUUGUUGCUCCCAUGCCCUGCAGCGGCAGCAAAGCAGCGGCAACAAGCACGCUGCUACUACAGGGAUGGUUGCAAAAGUGGACGAACCUUCUGUCCUCAUGGAGACCCAGGUACUUUUUCGUGUACGCGGGUUUCUUCAAGUACAGUACCACUAAGAGCUCCCCCCCCAAAGAGAUGUUUCUUUUGAAUCAGUGUCGCGUCCGGCUCUGCCCCCAUGACCCCGUACGGUUUGAAGUGGAUGUAGUAGAUCAGCAGACGCUUUACCUUCGAGCAGAGAGCCAAGAGGAGAAACAGAUGUGGUAUGCGGCCUUCAAGCAGGGCCAAAGAGCAGCCCUCAGUGGCGCCAACCGAGCAGGUCGUUCAGCAGCAGGAGGCGGAUCCCAGAGGGACAAGCAGCAGCAGCAGCAGCAACAGCAACUGCACAGAAGACUCCCAGGAGAUGCUUCUGUAGAAUCAAGGCCUCCUUCAAUGCCGAGUAGCAGCAGUAACAGCAGCAGCAGCAACAAGAAACCCGCGCGUCUGGAGCAGCAGCAACAGCAGCAACCUCCACGCCAGGACCGCUCCACUGCGGCAACAGCAGCGGCACCUGCAUCAUCAUCAGAGUUGGCAGCUGCUUCCACUACCGGCAGCGCCAGCAGCAGCAGUAGCGGCUCCCUGAGCGGGUUGGCAGGGGUCGUGGCAUCGAGUGCUGCUGCUGCUGCUGCCUAUGCCACCAGCCGACUCCGCUCUUUUUCUGCUGCUGCAGUACAGCAGCCGUCUGUGCCACCAGCGCUAGCACCCCCGCCUCCACACAAGCCUCCGUGUCAGCAGCAACAGCAAACGCAGCAACAGAGGCAACAAGAGCAGCCAGUACCGCAACAGCAGUCGGGGGAUGUCCGCUUGAAAAGUGAGGAAGCAGCAGCAGCGGGAGCAAGGGCCGGCACAUGUGCUGCUGCUGUGCUUGGGUCUUCCGUGGACGUGCCGGCAAGCAGCAGCAGCAGUAGCAGCCCACUGCUGCUUGCUCACGCCUCUCAGGAGGGAGAAGGCAACGCUGCCUUGCUCGACGCCACGGGUGCUGAGGGGCCUCUGGUGUUGCUGUUAGAGAGCAUCAUCGGUGCGAGGCAGACCAUACAGGAGGCAUGCUCGAAGAUCUUGGCCUUGCAGUCAGAUGUCUUGAAGUCUGCAUCGCAGAUAUCUCAAACGGGCCCUGCCGCUAAUGGCAACUUGCGCCAGCAGGUGGCGCUGCUGCUACAGCGAGUAGAUGAGCUACAGCAGCUGCUGCAACAGCUUCUGCAGCAGUGGGAACGGCUGCUGAGCGAAGAGUACACCCAGAGGCGGCAGCUGGAGAAGUCGGUUCGGUCUUUGGCGAAGAGAAACUACAAGCUCGACAAGGCCCAAGAGAGGCUUCUACAGCUCAGCAGACAGCGUGGCAAGCUUACAGCAACGGAAGUUGCCGCAGCAAUCGCUGGUGUGCGGCUUCCAGAUGUGGAGGGACACGGGACAGCAACUGCAACAGCAGCAGCGACAGCAGGGGCGACGGUAGCGGAAGACGGGGGAGGCUUCAGCACCAGCGACAGUGACGAUGAUGGCAAUGAUUCACUUGAAUUUUUCGACUGCGAUGAGGAUUUUGCAGAGAUAGGUGGAGGGGAACCUGCUGGUGACUGUGCUUCACAACAGCACAAGCAGGAUCAGCAGCAGCAACAGGAGCAGAAAACGCCUGAGGAAGGCACCUCAGCGUUAACAGAAGCAGCAGCAGCAGCAGGAAGUAGCCAGGUCACCACCAGCAGCAGCUACAUCGGUCCACCCUUCUCUCCAGCAACGAACGCAGCAGCAACGCUGGCAGUUUCCUCGUGCCACAUGGGGGGUGCGGCCGCUGGACAGCGGUUGGCACUUGCAAAGCCGCGAACUGAAUUCAAAGUUAAUCUGUGGUCAGUGCUUAAGGACUGCAUAGGGCGUGACCUGAGCCGCAUCGCAAUGCCUGUCUACUUUAAUGAGCCCACCAGCUUUCUACAGAGACAGUGUGAGGACUUACAAUACGUUGAUCUCCUUAAUCUAGUUGGCCACCAUCCUCCUAUUACCGCCUACGUGGCGACCGCCUCCGAGUACUCUUGCGAGGGCUGGGUGACCGUGAGGAAUCGCUUCUCCGGGAAAUCGCUUGAGGUUACGAUGCCCGGCAUAGCUCGCGUGACGUUCCGUCGAACGGGCGAGCGGUUUUCUUACAAGCGCAUCAAAAUGUUAAUCCACAACGUCAUCUGGGGCAAGCUGUGGAUUGAAGUUGAUGGGACAAGUCUUGUCCAAAAUGAAACCUCCGGGGACUUCUCGGUAGUGCAGUUUUUACGGAAAGGAUGGUUGGAUAAGACUUGCCAUCAUCUCCGCGCAAUCAUCUUUGACGCAUCAGGGAGGCCCGCUUACCGUCUCUCAGGGCAGUGGUCCAGUGCAAUAUAUGUCGAGGAGGCACCCGCCUUCCCACCGCAUAAAAAAUGGAAAGUCCCGCCGCAGGUAGAAGAAUUCCGAAGAAGCGAAACAGGGCCUCCGGCGGAUAGUCCAGACAACCAACUCGACGCUGUCAUUACCCAAUACUGGGAAUCGAUUGCUUGGGUCGAAUCUUCACGACGUCUAAUCUGGCGGCCAACAGCGCGACCUCCAAAUGCGGACCAGUUCUACGGAUUUGGCGACCUGACCAGAGGCUGUAUGAGGAAGGGCGAGUCGAUGAGGCUGUGCAACAGAAGAACAGACUCGAAGAAAAACAGAGGGAGGCUGCAAGGGCUCGGCCUCGUGGGGAACAGGAUUAUUCACCCCGUUGGUUUAGGCGGCAGCCAAACUCAGAAGAUUGGGUGUACAAGGUACACGAUUUUGGGUUUGUCUUCAUUUCAGGGGGGUUACUGGGAGGCUCGAGAGGCAGGCGACUGGAGCUGCUGUCCUGACAUAUUCUAG